GAUUCACAUCGUCGAUCUGGGAACAGCUUGCGGCAUUACGGAGAGAGUUAUCUGGGAACCGCUCAUUGAACACUGACAGCCCCCAUGCACAACCGAGUACAAGGGUACCAACUUUACCGACCACAUCUGGCCUCCACACUAUCUCUGGCGUCUACGCACUUUACCGCCAGUCCUCACCCUUCAGACAUUGAAGCUCCUCGCUCACAAAAUGAGCACGGAUGCAUCUUCGUCAACCAGACCAAAACGACAGCUUGUCAAGGCCGCCUGCCAAUCAUGUCAGAAACGCAAAGUAAAGUGUAGCGGCGAGCGUCCCAUGUGUAUGCUCUGUCAACAAAGAAGUCAGACUUGCCUUUACGACUCCGAGGCAGGCAUCUCGAGAGUGGAAGCCGUACGACGUCGGAACAAGGAGCUAGGAGAACGCAACUCGGACUAUGAAUUGGUCUACAGUGCUUUGCAGACUACGUCAGAAUCGGAGGCAUUUGAUCAUCUCCGUCGUCUUCGAGAAUGUCCAAACGUGGAAACUUACGCCCGAACGCUCCGCAAGUCACGACCAAGUACAAGGAAACGACCACCAGAUAGCUUGAAUGACUUCAUGGAUGAUGGAAUUUCGAACCUGUCUCCCAUGUCGGCGCAGUCUCAAGAUCAGCAAGACGGCGAGUCGAACAUCUUCGCCGAUUCUCUACCCAUGACGGACUACACAAGUCCUCCUCAGCAGCCUCCUCUCAUGAUUGAUCCUCGGCUCGGUCAGCAAACCUUGUAUAGUUUUCCGGACAAUAAUGGUUCGACUCUACAGAGCUUGGCAGAGAUCUGGCCGUUCCAGAGCUCCUCUCAUGUGCAACAAGACACUUUCCAAUCGAACAACCAGGAUUGGACCCAACCAGACGGUCACAGCGGGCCUUCGCAGAACCACUACCUCGACAACGUGCAGAUGUCUCAGACCGAUUGGACAGACGGCAAUCUCGACCCUACAACUGGUCAACCUCUGAGUCGAAGGCAACCAAGGUUUGACGGUUGAAAGACCCUCUUCGAGGUACAGCAAACAAGACGGAUCACGGUUCAUCGUUGGCUACCUCAAUGAAGGGCUCUCCUUCGGACCAGGACUUGAUCAACUCGCAUAAACUCGUCAAACAUGUCGCCUAAGCCCACACCAGAUGCUGCCGACUGG